AUGAGAAUCUAUCUUAGAACUAAAACGAUGUAUGCCAGACCUAUCACCAGAUUUGCACAUCAACUCCUGGUAGUGGAUAUAGAUUUAAAUGAUACUACUGAUGCUCUUCUUGAACACGUCCACAAUGGAGGACAAUAUAGAUUCUAUUAUAAUCAUAUAUUAUUGGAUGACACCCAAACAUUUUCUUAUUAUGAUAUGAAAGAAGAAUCAAUCAUUGAAACUGUAUCGAAUCCUCUAUGUGCAGCGUUUAUAUAUAGGGAAUUUCACCAACUUAAUGAUAAAUGUGAUCAAAACAAUAUAAGGAGUCAAAAACUCAUCAACAUAAAGAAAACACUUAAAGAUAUAUUCGAACAUGAUAUUCCACAUGUUGGCAACGAUUUCCAUCUAUUGAAAAGACAAUACCUAAAGUUGCGUAACUAUCAUAAAUACCAACCUCAAAUCGUAUACUGA